AUGGGAACCAAGCUCUGCCUUGCCCUCCCAGGGCUAAGGUGGCUGCUGUGGCUGUGGCCCCUGUUCGCCACCUGUGAGGCUUUCUACUUUCCGGGACUGGUUCCCAUCACUUACUGUAAGGAGGGCCAUCCUAACUCCCGCUGUCAGUCAUCAAUACAAGUAUAUGCUGAUAAAUUUUACUCAGUGGAAACUAUAUUAUCCUAUGACUAUGAUAGCUUUGACUUCUGCCAAGAUUCUUUGAAGAAAACACCCUCCGAGACUCUUGGAAAAAUCCUAUCUGGAGAACAAAUAAUAUCAUGCCCUUACAAGUUCUCUUUUAACAAAGAAGAAACAUGUAGAAAAGUUUGUGUAAAAUCUUAUGCUCCAGAAAAUGAAGAUCAAAUGAACAAGCUGGCUUUUUUGAAGGGAGGAAUAAGACAGAAUUACUAUCAUCACUGGGUUAUUGGUAACACACGAGUAAUAUGGUGUUAUGACAUGGAAGAUGGAGAACACUAUUGUGAAUCAGGAUUUCCAAUAGGAUGUUUUAAUACCCCAAGUAGCCAAUUGAAAGGCCCUUGCCUGAUUAAUUCUGAAUUCAACAAAAGUAAUAGUUUGUACCUCUUCAACCAUUUUGACAUUACUAUUACAUAUCACAUGGAAAAUGACACAGCCAGGAAUGUUGCAAAAUUGAUUAGUUCCAGAGUUGAUCCCAAAAGCUAUAAACAUUUGGAUGAAAAUCACCUAACUUGCAAUGAACCGCCUAUGGAAAUUCCUGAAGACGGUACAGAGAAUUUAAAUGUGGUCUACACAUAUUCAGUAAAAUUUGAGAAAAGCAGUUCUACUGAAUCUUCUGAAUGGGAUUAUGAUUUAAAGUCUACAGCUGAGAUGAACCUUCAUUGGAUUAGACUUGUAAACUCCUUUUUUGUGGUUCUUUCCUUGUGUGGACUGGUGAUUAUCAUCAUUUUAAAGGGUAUCUGUAGAGAUAUUGCCAAAUACAGUGGAACAAAACUUUCUGUAUACAACCGGAGGCAGUUUGGAUGGAGGAUGAUUCAUGGGAGUGUAUUUAUGCCUCCAGAACAUGGAAUGUUGCUGUCAGUUCUUCUCGGUCAAGGAACACAAGUUUUCAUAAUGACAUUUUUUUCUUUAUUUCUGGCUGGCCUUGGUUUUCUUACCCCUGCUGAUCAAAAUGCUUUAAUGAACUAUGCUGUUGUGCUGUGGCUCUUACUGGAAAUCCCUGCUGGAUAUGUGUCUGCCAAAAUGUACAAGACAUUUAAUGGUAGAAACUGGAAGAUGCAUUUUAUGCUGACAUCAUUGUUAUUUCCUGGAAUUGUCUUCAUUGAUAUCUUUAUUAUGAAUCUAAGUCUUUGGAUGGAAGGUUCAUCAGCUGCUGUAUCCUUUGGUACAUUGGCAAGCGUCUUUGCAGUGUGCUUUGGAGUUUCAACACCACUAACAUUUUUGGGAGUGUACUUUGGGAAAAAGGAAGAGUUUGAGUUUCCUGUUCAAACACAAGAGACUUCUCGUGUGAGUCCCAAAAGGAAUUUCUUUAAAAAACCAACCAUUACCAUUAUACUCAGUAGUCUUUUACCCUUUGGCUGUAUUUUUCUCCAACUUUCUUACAUUCUAAGCCAUAUUUGGUCUCCUCAUAUGUACUACCUGUUUGCCUUCCUUUUCUUAUCCUUUUUAAUUAUUCUGAUUUCCUGUUCAGAAGUUACAGUUCUGCUAUGCUAUUUUCGGCUGUGUGCUGAGGAUUGUGGUUGGUGGUGGAGAGCCUUUUUGACCAGCAGUUUUACAUCUUUUUAUAUUUUUGUAUAUGCAAUUCAUUACUUCUUUAGCAAACUUCAAGUCACUGGCAUUGGAAGUUCCUUCAUGUACUUUGGGUACACAUUGAUCCUAGUGCUAGUUUUCUUCCUUUUCACAGAAAGAGACAUGCUCUUUAAUGUGGUGGUCAAAUCAACAAUCAAAGAAUUCUUAUGUAAUUUACUUCAUGGUCUUCCAUUUGACCAUGUGGCCUGCUUUUGA